GCUACUGAAGGGUCGUUGGAUAUCCCUACAGUAAUGGCUAUUUAAGCAUUUUAUGAAUGGGUGCAACUUACACAAAAGAUGCAAUCUUAUCAAGAAUAUUUUUAAAAUCCAAUUAGAGACGUGGAUACAGAGGAUAUUUUGAAAUACUGACAGCUUCAUCCAGUAGCUGCAAGAUGUGAACAACAAUUGACACACUGAGUCUACUGUGGUACAUACACAACUUGAACAAUGUCAUCGAUGAUAUUUCCCUCUCUGUAUGUCUCCUUAGACGGGACCAAGGUGACCAUGAUAGAUCUUAUCAUAUAUGGAUUUGCCUUUGGAUUAGGAAUAUGUUCUCUGGUGCUUAACUGUGUUGUACUGGAUACCUUUAGAAAAUCAUCUCGACUUCAUGACAUGAUGGGCUAUUUCAUAACAAACAUGGCGGUUGCUGACACUCUAAUUUCCAUAUUUGUCAUUUACAACAACUUGUACAAUCUGGUAGUAUUUCAGCAUGCAACUGAAUGCUUGUUUAGAUUUGGGAUGCUGAAUGCACUGAACAUCACAUCAGUUCUCACUUUAGCAGCUCUCACAUUAGACCGUUAUUUAAAAAUCGUUCAUCCUUAUCUUCAUGAAAAACAUGUUUCAUCGUUGGGAGAAAAAAUAGCCCUAGCCAUCAUCUGGGCUGUUUCUCUUCUGGUGGGCCUUCUCCCCCUCAUGGGGUGGAGCAACAUCACACACGGAGAAUUCACCUGUAGUUACUUUGGAGCUUUCACAAAAGGCUACAUGAUUCUUAUUGUAACCAUGUUCUUCAUCCCGUUUGUCUUGAUGAUCAUUUUAUACACACAUUUGAUCCACAUUUCAAUGAAACAUGCUAGGAUGAUAGCGUCUCAGAACACAGGGGGAUCACACCCUAACAGAGCCACAUGGAAGUCCACGAAAACCGUCUGCCUCAUUAUUGGAGCUUAUUUUCUGUGCUGGGGACCAUUGGGUUUUUACAUCAUAGUAGUUAUAAGUGACAGCAGAAUAAUGGAAGGAGUCAAUGAAGGCCAAGUCUUGGCUUACCUCGCGCCCAUUGCCUUCAGUAACAGCAUUAUCAACCCUAUGAUAUAUGCAUUCAAAAUCAAUGAAGUCAGAGACAAAUUUAAAGCUUUCUGCUGCUGUUUAUGUAGAAAACACAGGACUAGUAGCAGUGACACCACCAGUGUGUUAGCCAUGUCACAAACUAGCAGCAGAAGUCCGCGGCACCAGACAAAUCAUAACAACAACAAUUCUCUGCCAAUGACUAGGAAACAAGGCAAUAAGAAUAACUCUUUGCCAAUGCAGAGAAAACAGGAGCAUGUCAUGACAAAAACAAUUAGCUGCUUCACCGUGGCAACCAAUGUGUGACAGAAUUUGCAGAAAACUAUAUAUAUUUUUACGUAUAUAUAUUAUCAUGCAAUUGAUGGAAUGUUCUGUGGCAAAACUUUGUCAUUUUACCAAACAUAUGAUGUUUCUGAUGUGUUAAUUAAUAAGCUAAUUUAUCUGUGCAUUUAAAAGAUUUUAUAGCUUUCCUCAAUAAUAAUGACUUGAAUGCCCAAAAACAUCAGCACAGUCAGAUUAUUCCUUGUAUUUCUUUUCUAAAAACUGUUUUAUUUACUAUUUAAUGUAUUACAACUCCUUUACCAAAGCUCACAGGGGAAAAUAA